CUUAGAAAGUCAGUCAGAGAGUCAGUGGGUAGGUCUAAGUGGUGUCUAAGUGGUGAGGAGUGGGACAGUCAUUGUCGUGCACCUGACACCAUGGAUGACUACCCGAUGUACGGUCUGCUCGUGGGGUUCUCCCUCUGGGGAACCCUUUGGCGUCUCCUCUUUCCCCUGGGAUUCUGGAACACUCUUACGUGCAGAGUAGAAACCAGGGUUGGUGUGAGCACCACUCCCUACACCCAAGAACAGGAGGAGGAGGCUGCGAAGAUCUUGGUCGAGCAGAAGGCCAAGAAGGAGAAGAGGGAGGUAGUAAAGCAGGCCAAAAAGUUGGCCUUAAUGCAGAAGCAGGCUGCGAAAAGGAAGAAGUUGGAGGAGGAGCUAGAAAGGAUGAAAAAGGAGGAAGAAAAAAUGAAAGCAGUGGAUGCAGAAGAAGAAGAAGAAGAGAAAAAGGUGGCAGAAGAAGUUCCCCUGAUCAGGAUUUUGAGAGACAAAGGGGAGUCCAGUGGCACAAAGAAGGAGGGGGACUAAGAGUUCGAGCGUGAAAUGAUGAUGCACGUGGGCACAAAAGUAAAGGCGAGGCUAGAGAGCACUGAGCGAUUCAACACGGGCGCCAUAGAGGGCGCAAGGCUUGCAGCCCCAAGGGAAGAGGAGGCCCGUCCCCGUAGGGACCCUGUCAAAGUUAAGUUCCCCGAUUCCUACAAUGGGAAGAAGAGAGAGAACUUUGACAACUGGGAGGUGAACAUUAACUCUUAUGUUCACCUCCAAAAGAUCAUACCUGAGGAGCAAGUCCUCAUUGCCUUCCACGCUCUCAAAGACGAAGCAGCAAGCUUCGCCAGGUCACUUGCCCUCGCUGCUAAAUGCGAUAACGAUAUGGUAGCGUACUCCACGAUUACCCCCUUGAACGAAUUCUUUAAGCUGCUGCGCGAGACAUUUGUUGAUGUCACUAGGGGGAUUAGAGCCUCUGACAAGCUCCAGAUUAUCCACUCACGCCAGUGGAAAAGUGCCAGGGCACCCAAGGGAGUAAUGGAUGAGUUGGUAGGUGUCCCUGACCAUGGGGUUACUGAGAUCCAACAGGUCAACCUAUUCAAUUGUGGCAUGCCCGAGCCUUUGCGCCGACACUUCUUUGAGAAGAGCCAGGAAUCUAUCAUGACCUACGAUACUCUGAGUAGGGAAGCGGUAGCGUUUGAAGCGCAGUCCAUGCCAGUUUCCACUUUCUGGCGUAAGGACCUCGAUAAGGGCAAGAAGUGGAAAGGCCAUACCAUCUCGGGUCAGGUCAAGGGCAAGGAUCACCUGAUCCUUACAUUAGAUGCGGGUGGUAUGGAACAUGUGCCCUAUGAUCAGAUAGAGUGGGGCCUAGAGGAAGGGGAUAGUGGCGAGAGUCAGGGGAGGACUUACGCUACUGUCGCGGCUGGAGGGAGGCCGCAAGAAAGAGGAGGAGGCCGGGGCCAAGGGGGCCAGACUUCCAGUGGUCGAGGACAGGUCGAUCAAGGGGUUGGUGGUAGAGGAGGCCGCCAAGCGGGAGUCCUCAAGGUAGCCGAUCCAUCUUUGCCUUUUGUCGUCAGACUCGUCACCACUGACUUCAGCCAGUAUGGUACAGGUGCUGUUCUAGAGCAAGAUGAUGGCAAUGGCUAUAGACCCGUAGAGUUCAUGUCUGCUAGGAUGCCUUCAGAGAAGGUUGCGACAUCUACCUAUGAGAGGGAGCUCUACGCUCUCAAGCAAGCAUUAAAUCACUGGAAGCACUACUUGCUUGGGAGGCACUUCAAAGUCUACUCAGACCACGAGACGCUGAGAUGGCUAAAGACGCAGGCCAAGAUGACACCUAAGCUUACUAGGUGGGCCGCCCAGAUAGAUCAGUUUGACUUUGAGCUCAAGCCAGUGAAAGGAAAGUAUAAUGUAGUUGCGGAUGCUUUGAGUAGGAGGGCUGAUUACUUUGGAGCGAUAGUUCACUAUUUGGAUAUAGGCCGAGACCUGCAACAGAGAGUUAAGGAAGCGUAUGCGCAGGACCCUAUCUAUAGUGACCUCCUCGAAAGAGUUAGGGAGGCUCCAAAGACUGAACCAGAUUACCGCACUACAGGCGGGUUGUUAUUCGAGAAGACUAACGUAGCUGACCGUUUGUGCAUUCGUGAUAACGAAGAGAUCCGCAGUUUGAUCUUAGGGGAAUGCCACGACUCAGAGGGACAUUCUGGUUGGCAAAAGACAUUAGCCAACCUCAUACGCGUGUAUGGAUGGCCAGUUCCCACUGUUGCGGUUCCCACCGCCGCCGCUUCCACCGCUGUGGUCUCCACUGCUGCAGUUUCUACUGCUGCUGUUUCAACUCUGGGUUUCACUCCGGCAGUUUCUGCUACGGAAGUUGCCUCCGCUGCGGUCCCUGCUACGAAAGUUGCCUUUGCUGCGGUUCCUGCUACAACAGUUGUCUCUACUGCGGUUCCACUAUUUACCACCGUGGUUCCUGCUACAACAGUUGUCUUUGCUGCGGUUCCACUUUGUACCACUUCCUCUGCUUCUGUAGCUCGAAUUUCUCAUGCUAUAGUUUUUACUGGUAUAGCUUCCUCUACCCCAGCCCGACRCUCGCGUCCUAUGUUCCGACAUCCUGCCCAAUCCACCCCCCUUUCAUCCCUUUCUGUGCUUGGCCGCAGACGGCUGCGUUCCUCCUCGCCACCCCCAUCUCCUCCACGGUCUCGUUUGAGAACCGAUUCUCUGGUUUCUAUUCUUCCCAUUGUUCCGCCUUCAUUGCCAGUGACAUCCUCAUCUUCUGUUAAAAACAUCGCCACUCCUCUUAUUGUGUAUCAUCGUCGACGACAUGCACAACACCGCCACUUGGCCAGGGAUCAGCGGACUGCUUCUUUGUCUACCCCAAUUUUCUCUGUGCCGCCUCCACAGGUUGUUGCGGUUCCGUUGUCCCAAACGGAUACAUCCACUCCUAUGCCUCCUGCAGACAGUCCAGCUGCUUGGACACAGCCACAGCACCAUGUUUUAUGCCCUUCCAUGUUCGUUUGUCCCCCAGCUGUACAACAUGCGGCCCCGAACGCUGAGGGCCUGGAACAUGAUCAGCUCGGACUGCAUUUAACCCCGCAAGGCAUAGACCACACGGGGGAUUUGCAAAUGGCUGACCAGGAUCAUAUGGAUGAACCGCAUACUUGUGCCCCACCCUCUGUGGCCCCGAACGCUGAGGGACUGGAACAUGAUCUGCUUGGACUGCAUUUAAUCCCACAUGGCGCAGACCCCAGGAGGGAUUUGCAAAUGGCUGACCAGGAUCAUAUGGAUGAACCGCAUUCUUGUGCACCACCCUGCGCAGACCCCACGGGUGAUCUACAAAUGACUGACCAACCAAACCAGCCUGAGAUCCCCGCCAAUCUCUGUGGUCUGACUGCAACUAAUAGCUGCCUUCACAUUUUCAAUCGGCCGUUGUAUACACCAUCAGACUUCCUUGCAAUUGCCCUACAGCUUGAUGUUGAUCUCGCUAAUCUCGCUGAUCCACCCGACCUACAGCCAGAGCAUCGUAAUUACACCAGGGAAGGAGGUUUUACCAUUGCUGUCCUAGAAAUAGCGAUGAGGAACUGCCAGCUUGAACUACGCCAUGCUCUACCAGGUGAGUUGUUUAACCCUCCAUCCCACAUCACUGCCUGCAUUGUGCACGGGCCUGGCCAUUACAUGGCUAUUGUACACGCCUCUGACCAUUGGGAGGUGUGGAACGACGGUGUCAUGGUCCAUGCCAUGAUUGAUAUUACUGAUUUCUUACUCUAUGAUGCUGUUCUCUUGCCACAUCAAACUGUCCGCAAUCUCCUUUAUGUCGAAGAUCAUUCCUCUGCCACCACAGUGCAGCAGGGCAUCUCGAUCAAGGAGUAUUUGCAAAGCUUGCAAAGUCAUUUACACAGUGCCGAACAUCAUCUGAAGGAUUUGAAAGCCACAAUAGAGGGGCAAACUUCGAAGCUGCAGCUUGAAGAGGUGAAUCGCAGAAAGAUGGAACGUGAGCUUGAAGAGGAAAGGAGAGCAACCUUACAACUACGGAACCUGCUCGACAGUGCUGUGGAAGAUCAAAAGUCUCUGGAAGAGGACUUGCGGAGAACCAUAACAAGGUUGGAGAUGGAGAAAGCUUCGGAAGCAGGGAAGGCUUCGUCACUGGAGAAGAAUGUGGUGAGACUGAAAAAGCGAAAACGGAGGUUGGAGAAGGAGAACCAGCAUCUGGAGAUAAAAUGCAAAGAGGCAGAGAUAGAGAAGGAGCGAUUGGAUCUUCAACUGUCAACCUUACGUUCUGAAAAGACGACCUUAGAGACCAAGAAUAAAAGGCUUAAAUUGAGAAAGCAGAAGUGGAUCGAAGAGAGGACGUUGCUCAUGGAGAGAGUUACUCAGAGGGAGAAGGCUGUAAUCAUCGAAAGCAAACGAGCAGACGAGGCGGUUUAUGAAAAGCAACUCAUGGCUAAGAAACUACAGGAUGCAGUAUGCGAGCUUACAAUGAAGGAAGAACGAAUCCAAGAGCUUCAGAAGGAGAACAAGAAGCUGCGGAGAGAGUUGCUGAGCUCCAGGGAGAAACACGAGCAGCUUGCGGAAAUCGCUAGAGAAGACGCUCCUGGGAAGAUGAAAAAGAAGAAGAAGAAGAACAAGAAGAAGAAGCAGCAGCAGCAGAAGCAACAGGAGGAAGAGGAGGAGGACGGGCAAAAGGCAGACCCUGCCUCUAUACCAGGAAUGGUGAAUGAGCAACUGCAACCCAUGGACGAACCACAGACAGGCAACAAACCGGCAAAGCUUUCUCGGUGUAAUCCUGCCAGUGCAGCCUUACAAGCUCGUUGCGAGGGGAAGAGGAAACGAGACAGCUGCCAGGUUGAUGACAAUGUAUCAGCUGAGGUGAAUAUGAGGUCAAGGUGCCGGCCUCAGUAGUAACACGGCAGAACCAACUUCCUUUGUUAAGUUACUGCUGGCAUGGUACCGUCUUCCCCUGAACACAACUCGUACAAACGGAUAGGCUGCUUUCCAUUCGAAUACAAUGAAUAUGCGUUCUAUUCGAACAGCCCUGAUUUUAAAAUACAACACGCGUGUGUUGUAUUCGAAUUUCGGAAAUUUAAAAAACUCGAAUACAACGCAUGUGCGUUUUGUUCGAGGGAAGGUGGUAGUCAAGAUGUGGACCUCAGUAGCAACACGGCAGAAGCAACGUCCUUCGUUAAGCUAGUUACUCCUGGCAUGCUCCCUUCAAGGAAGAGUUGCAAUUCCCUCAGCUGUGUUGAAAUAUUUCCCGUCGCCAUUCUUGUAAGAAACAAGUUUCCCUCGACGGCACUGACAAGUUUUGUGUCGCCCGCACAAAGCCCCCUAUGAUGGGAAUGUGCUUGUGCAUGCUGCCUUUUUCAAGGGUUGUAUGUUCUGGAAAUGUGAGAAAGAGGUUUUCACUAUUCGCUAUUUAGCAUUUCCAAGUCAGUGUGACAUAUGUGAAAGGCAUGCCGUCCUGCAUUGCCAGGAGAUAACGCGACCUUGAUGCGGGAAAUGCGAUCCGUCUGUGCUGGUGAGACAUGGUACUUGGGACAUGGUAGGUGGUGCGAAAAUGCGGAUGAAAAGGGAGAUGACAAACACACCACGAUCUCCCGAAAAAUCAGGCCAGCGGCUGCAGACAAAGAGGAAAGAAAACAAAUUAUGGGCAUCGGAUCAUCAGUCCAACAGUGCAACUGAAAAAGGGUGGGUCUCCUCGUAGCCGGGGUGUUCAAGAAAGAUAGCUGCGGUUUAAGGAAGGUAAGGAUUUACGAGCAUUGAUAUGAUUGUUGAAGGCUGUGUACGGAAAGGGAAGAGGAAGAAGGAAAUGGGAAAUUGGCAAAUUGCAAAGAACACAGGAUGUGUGAAAGAGUCAAGAGGCAGUCACAGAGGAAGUUAUGGGACAGUUAGCAAUGGUGACAAUGUCGGGUUGAACUGAGAUAAAAAAAAAAUGCCGAAAAAGAGAUGGAAAAGCUGUAUCAUAUUAUCCAUAUAUGUACAUCAAGAAGAGCACACAUACGUUGCUUAUAAGUUCAAAAGUUCAAUCGAUGGGGCACAGCAGGAAUUAAAUGAGAUUGCGGAAAAAAAACGAAGUAUGCCGUCCUUCGGGACAUCUGUUAAAAUUGGAACGAUACAGAGAAGAUUAGCAUGGCCCCUGCGCAAGGAUGACACACAUAAAUCGAGAAAUGGUCCAAAAAAAAAAAACAAAAAAAAAAACGAAGUAUGCGCAACAGGUAGUUCUGAAUCCUCGCUGCUUGUAGAGCAUGGGCGAUCAUGAUAAGGUCUGCAGAAGAAGGGGCAAAACUGUAAACUGAUUCACUCAAUUUCUUUGUUUUUUCUUUUCUUUUCUUUUCUUUUCUUUUCUUUUCUUUUCUUUUUGUAAGAAAGAUGUGUAUAAGACUACCAACAAGCUGCAAAAGAAUACAGAUUGUGAAACAAGCGGAGGUGAAGGCUAAGUAGAGUUUCAUGAACAGGUAGACGUGAGCAUAUGGGAGAGUACACAAAGUGUCGAUGCUUUGGAGAGAAAGAUGAUGAUGGAUGGUUUCUCAGCAUGGAAGGGACUUGGUACUCGGUGUUACUGGGACAUGGUACUUGAGUACUGGGAUGUGGUACUUGGUGGUACUGGGACAUGGUGCUUGGUGGUAUUGGGACAUGGCACACUGGAGGAGAGUAAGGAUGGAACAAUGAAACCACUGGAUUUGGGUUGGCUGAUGUCUGGCGAACCAGAUUGACACUUUGCAGAAUGGAAGGAGGCAUGCAGGACCAUAAGGUCGUGGCAUUCUCUUUUUCCUUGUCUUCUUUUUUUGCUUUGUUUUUGGAACUUUUUUUGGGUUCCCUGGGGGGAGCUGAUGUCAGUGGGAAUGGAGCGUGACAUGAAACACACAGGGUGAAGGGUAAGAUCGUAUUGUGGGAGGAAGCGUUUGGUCUGAGGGGUAAUGCCAGGGAUGAGGAUGGGGGCGAUUGGAAGUGGGCAAGGGGGAGGAGACAUAAUCAGGGAAAAAUAUGGGCAAGAAGAGGUUAUGGCGGUGCCGCCGGUGUGCAUCAUAAUACACUGUAGGCCGUGUCAGAGCGGAAGAUGUACUAGAAAAUGGAUCACGGGAGGCACGGAAACCUCAUCAGGAUGAAAAGCUAGAGCUGGAGGCCGACCGGGUCGAAUGGAUGUUACUUCAGGUAGUAGUACAUAUUCAGUUUGGUUAGGUGCAGUUGUUCUUGUGUAUUCAACAGAGACCCUUCACUCCUCUUGUUCGUCUUCCUUCGCUGCUUGAUCACCUACAGAAGCACGGGCGCUAGAAGCACCAGCGCCAUCAGGAAAGCAACGGACUCGACUGACCAGCUGCGACCCUCCCAUAGGUAUCCCUUUCAAGUCUUUGAGAGAGCACCGAGCAUGUUCAACAGAAGACUUGCUUGUAGAUAUUCUUUGUCUGGAUUCUUUGUCCUUGUCUAUCUUCAGCUGUUUGUCUGCAAGAGGACCCUACAGGGCACGAUAACACAGGCUGCAUCGGUGCAUGUACGGAUGCCCAGGCGUGCAUGUCGCAAGACGACAGUUUUGACCCUGUGGCAGGAGGGCUGGAUUCGUGAGUGCCGUAGCAAAUGUACUUCCUAACUCUACGCAGUUCUUAGCCUUCCCCGCAGCCGUGCAAGCUUUCGCCUUCUCCCUCUUUGGUUCUGUUAGUUUUUCUUACCAAGUUGGAGCCUUCUUUCGACUAGUGUUUUUUUUCAAGUUGGAGUGCUUCACUGAGUCCAAGCAUGUGUGUUCUGUAGGAUUCUUUUUGACCAGAGGAUGGAUGAUUGUGGACAGGCAGUUGGCCAGGUACAUUUACCAUAACUGAGGUGCUGAGCUCUGGUAUUUGUUUUUUUAGGACUGAGUUACUGAGAUCUGCUAUGGUUCGCAACAGACGUGGCACUCCAAUUUUUUUAAUCUGUUGCCCACUGUUACACAACCACUUUAAGGCAUACGUACUAAGGACCUUUUUGGGCGAAUGUGGCCGUUAUUACAGUCCGAUACCACCAGAAAACUCCCCAGUGCGAGUAUGCCCUUGCUCCUGGCAGCAGGCACCGUGCCAUUCACAGAAAAUGGGGUGCAUGUGUGCUUCAUGGGUCUCUUUGUA